GUGAUUGAGCUUGAUGUAUCCUGUCCCUCCUCUCUGGGCCAGCUGGAGUUUGUGGUGCUGGAAUCAGAGCCGUACCUCCCGUUCUGCUUCCUCAACAAUGACUGGUUCUGCUCUAAAGUUGUGGUGACCACACCAGAGGGAGACACGGCCAACUUCCCCUGUUACCACUGGAUCUCAGGCAACGAGCGGCUGGUGUUCAGAGAGGCCACUGGUCAGUAUGUUGGUGUAUAGAUCAUUGUCUAGGUUUAGUUCUGAGUAUACCUGCUGUGCCUAUUAUACGUCAGCUAGCUGAAUGUCAUUUGUAGUUUAUUUUUAAAUGUGUCUCAAAAGGGGCCAUAUUUAUGGAAUAAUGGUGGAUAUACUUUGUAUGGCUUAAGAUGUUGACCAAUCCCCACAAAACGUGAAAAUAAUCACACUUUCUGGUAUUUUGUUUAUAAGGUAAACUGAUAUUCAAUGAGACCUGGCCAGAGGCCAUAGAGGAGAGAAAGAAGGAGUUGCAGAGUCGCCGUGAUGUGUACCGGUGAGAGGCUAGUUCUGAGAUCUGGAAACUCAAUUCCAAAGAUGCAGAAACACUUUUAAAAAACAUCAAAAUGCUUUUGAAUCAGCACUUUUAGAGAGCAAAGAACUAAAGUGGUACAAACCCAAAAGUAACAAAGUGCACCUACUGUUUUUUUAAAUGCACUUUUGGGACCAAAGUUAUUAUAGUAAACUAAAACUGAAACAAAAACAAAUCAUGGAAAAACGAUUUCCUAAACUGAAAUAAAAUCAUUAAGAAAUAAGUUUGAAACACUAUACUCAAACUAUUAUCUUUGACUCUAAAACAAACAAAAACAAAAAUCAUCAUGUUCAGUUGUAGUUUGUUUUUCUACUAAACUUUGGGCAAAAAUCGAAAUAAAUUUAAAUAAAUGUUGGUCAUUUAGCAGACGCUCUUAUCCAGAGCGACUUACAGGAGCAAUUAGGGUUAAGUGACUUGCUCAAGGGCACAUCAACAGAUUUUUCACCUAGUCGGCUCGGGGAUUAGAACCAGCGACCUUACGGUUACUGGCACAACGCUCUUAACCACUAAGCUACCUGCCGCCCCAAAAAAAAUAGGGUUUUAAAAGUUCUGAAUCUGACGGGUAAAUGCUGCAAGGAAAAUGGCGAUGUUUCAAAUAGGCCUAGCUUGUGCAUCACUAUUACUAGCUAUUAGUAGCUAACAAAUGUGCAAUGACUUAAUUUGUUUCCCCCCCUCUCUGUCAGGUAAAGGUACUUUAUUCUUCUUACAUGUACUAAUACGUUUUUUUUUUAAAGCAUUGGAUUGCUGUUAACAUGGGCAAGUCACAUUGAGAUUGACUUUAUAAUUUCAAUCUAACCUAUCCUAUGAACUGACCCAUCACCUUCUUUAUAACUGUCCCCCAGUGGCAAGAAGUGACAUCCCAAAAAAACACUCAAACUAUAGUCCUACAACACAUACAGUGCAUUCAAAAAGUAUUCAGACCCCUUGACCUUUUCAAAAUAUUGUUACGUAAAAACAAAAAGUCUACACACACCCCAUAAUGACAAAGCGAAAAAAAAAUUUUGGGACAUUUUAGCAAAUGUAUAAAAAAAAAAAAAACAUACCUUAUUUACAUAAGUAUUCAGACCGUUUGCUAUGAGACUCAACUGAGCUCAGGUGCAUCCUGUUUCCAUUGAUCAUCCUUGAGAUGUUAAGGCAUUUUAAAAACAUUACAAUACAUUCAUAACAGAUUUCACAACAUAUUAGGUGUGUGCCCUCAGGCCUCUACUCUACUACCACAUAUCUAUAACACAAAAUCCAUGUGUACAUGUGUAUAGUGCGUAUGUUAUUGUGUGUUUCUAUGCAUGUGUUUAAGUUUGUGUUGCUUCAUAAUCCCCGCUGUUCCAUAAGGUGUAUUUUUAUCUGUUUUUUUAAAUCUAAUGCUACUGAUGGCAUGAGUUACUUGAUGUGGAAUAGAGUUCCAUGUAGUCAUGGCUCUAUGUAGUACUGUGCGCCUCCCAUAGUCUGUUCUUGACUUCGGGACUGUGAAGAGACCUUUGGUGGCAUGUCUUGUGGGGUAUGUAAGGGUGUCCAAGCUGUGUGCCAGUAGUUAAAACAGACAGCUCGGUGCAUUCAACAUGUCAAUACCCCUCACAAAUACAAGUAGUGAUGAAGUCAAUCUCUCCUCCAUUUUGAGCCAGGAGAGAUUGACAUGUUAAUGUUAGCUCGCUGUGUACAUCCAAGGGCCAGCCGUGCUGCCCUGUUCUGAGCCAAUUGCAAUUUUCUUAAGUCCCUCUUUGUGGCACUUGACCACACGACUAAACAGUAGUCCAGGUGCGACAAAACUAGGGCCUUUAGGACCUGCCUUGUUGAUAAUGCUGUUAAGAAUGCAGAGCAGCGCUUUAUUAUAGACAGACUUCUCCCCAUCCUAGCUACUGUUGUAUCAAUAUGUUUUGACCAUGACAGUUUACAAUCCAGGGUUACUCCAAGCAAUUUAGUCUCCUCAACUUGCUCAAUUUCCACAUUAUUCAUUACAAAAUGUAUUUGAGGUUUAGGGUUUAGUAAAUUAUUUGUCCCAAAAACAAUGCUUUUAGCUUUUGAAAUAUUUAGGACUAACUUAUUCCUUGCCACCCAUUCUGAAACUAACUGCAGCUCUUUGUUAAGUGUUGCUGUCAUUUCGGUCGCUGUGGUAGCUGAUGUGUAUAGUGUUGAGUCAUCCACAUACAUAGACUCACUGGCUUUACUCAAAGCCAGUGGCAUGUCGUUAGUAAAGAUUUAAAAAAGGUAAGGGGCCUAGACAGCUGCCCUGGGGAAUUCGUGAUUCUACCUGGAUUUUGUUGGAGAGGCUUCCAUCAAAGAACACCCUCUGUGUUCUGUUAGACAGGUAACUCUUUAUCUACAAUAUAGCAGGGGGUGUAAAGCCAUAACGCAUAAGUUUUUCCAGUAACAGACUAUGAUCGAUAAUGUCAAAAGCCACACUGAAGUCUAACAAAACAGCCCCCACAAUAUUUUUAUCAUGAUUUCAGCCAAUCAUCAGUCAUUUGUGUAAGCGCUGUGCUUGUUGAAUAACUUCCCUAUAAGCGUGCUGAAAUCUGUUGUCAAUUUGUUUACUGUGAAAUAGCAUUUUAUCUGGUAAAACACCAUUAAAAAAAAAUAUGUUACUAACGAUUGGUAACAGGCUGAUUGGUCGGCAAUUUGAGCCAGUGAAGGUCCCCAAGAACACAGUGGCCUCCAUCAUUCUUAAAUGGAAGAAGUUUGGAACCACCAAGACUCUUCCUAGACCUGGCCACCCGGCCAAACUGAGCAAUCGGGGGAGAAGGGCCUUGGUCAGGGAGGUGACCAAGAACCCGAUGGUCAGUCUGAAAGAGCUCCAGAGUGCCUCUGUGGAGAUGGGAGAACCUUCCAGAAGGACAACCAUCUCUGCAGCACUCCACUAAAUCAGGCCUUUAUGGUAAAGUGGCUAGACGGAAGCCACUCUUCAGUAAAAGGCACAUGACAGCCCACUUGGAGUUUGCCAAAAGGCACCUAAAGACUCUCAGACCAUGAGAAACAAGAUUCUCUGGUCUGAUGAAAUCAAGAUUGAACUCUUUGGCCUGAAUGCCAAGCGUCACAUCUGGAGGAAACCUGGUACCAUCCCUACUGUGAAGCAUGGUGGUGGCAGCAUCAUGCUGUGGGGAUGUUUUUCAGCAGCAGGGACUGGGAGACUAGUUAAGAUAGAGGGAAAGAUGAAUGGAGCAAAGUACAGAGAGAUCCUUGAUGAAAACCUGACCCAAAGGUUCAUCUUCCAACAGGCCAACAACCCUAAGCACACAGCCAAGACAACGCAGGAGUGGCUUCGGGACAAGUCUCUAAAUGUCUUUGGGUGGCCCAGCCAGAGCCAGGACUUGAACCCGAUUGAAAAUCUCUGCAGAGACAUGAAAAUAGCUGUGCAGCGACGCUCCCCACCAACCUGACCGAGCUUGAAAGGAUCUACAGAGAAAAAUGGGAGAAACUCCACAAAUACAGGUGUGCCAAGCUUGUAUGUAAUACUUUUGUAAAUGUCAUAUUUCAAAAAAAGAAUUAUGAUAAAUUAGCAAAAAAUUCUAAAACCUGUUUUUGCUUUGUCAUUGUGGAAUAGAUUGAUGAGGAAAAACAACAAUUUAAUCAAUUUUAGAAUAAGUCUAACGUAACAAGAUGUGGAAAAAGUCAAGGGGUCUGAAUACUUUCCGAAUGCACUGUAAAUGUUUCCUAGCCUUCCACCAUAGGCUACUUUCUGUCCCUAACACAAAAACUUAAACCGAAACAAAAUAAUAUAAAAACGAAAUAUAAAUGUUUUAUCAAACAAAAAACAGAAAAAAAACGAGAAAAUCAAGUCUGAAAACGAAUUGAAACUAAAUAGAUUCUUAUUUUUAUAAAUAUAAAAACAACUAUAAUAACCUUGUUUGGGACUGAAUCCUAUGUACGUUCAGUUUUAGCCAAUCAAUAUCGAAGAUGAAAAUAAUAAAUAGUGUGACAUUUUCAGGUAACAAUUAUGUAAAUGUCCUCGCCAAAGCACCUGCCACCUUAUCCUCCAACGGAGACUUCUUUAUAAGUGCCUACUUGUCCUUGUAUGUACUGAUUUUUGUGUAUAGAUUAUGUAAUGUAUUAUAGAUGACGCCUCUACCAUAUUUGACUAUGAUUGUUUUUAGAGUCUCAAUUUGAUUGGUCCACAAUGUUUUUUUUGUGUUUUUUAAAAUUAUUAUUAUUUUAUUUUUUUUAAUCGGUAGUGUAUCAUUGUGGAAUGACGAAUACAUUUUUCUAAACUAUAAACUCUAAACUCCAAAGAAACAAAUAACUCUUAAACCCAGAUACAUUUAUGUGAAGUAACCUAAGCUACCAUUUUGUAUGGUUGUGUAAUUUACCAUGUCUAUCCCCUUCAGGUGGAGUAUAUAUGCCGAGGGUCUACCCGAAAUAAUGAAAGUUGACAGUGCUUCUGAUCUCCCUGCUGAGGUCCGCUUCUCUUUCACCAAGGACUUUGAGUUCACGUUCACAGCAGUCGAAGCGUAAGUUAGAGCACUAAUUAUCAAAAAUAUUUGCUUACUGCACCCCAAUCACAUUUUGCUCUUCCCAGAGUACCCCUGAAGUGUGCAUUUUACCUGUAGGCUCUUGCGAGUCUUGGCCCUUUGUAUAGGCUAAGUAUCCCCAGGGGAACAUGGACCCCAGGUUGAGAACCAUAAGAGGCAGUACCAGGAAAUUAAUUAGAUCUUUAAUAAUCUCUAUUGGCAUAUCCCCAACAUACCUUUAAAAAUACUUCCUUUACAGUGAGAUGAGAUGUGAUGUGAUUGUCCUACACCUGUUCAGGUAAUUGUGAUAUCAUGAGAUGUGGGGAAUGUGGCCGUCAGGGUUGUGGUGGAAUAUAGGAAUUAUGCCAGUAGUAACACCCUCAGGCAAGGUUUUCCUAAAUGAAUGUGUUUUUAGCCACUCAAAUCAUGCCUGAAAUCGUAACUAAUAACAAGCCAAUUAACCAUUUAGCAGACAUUAUAACCAAAUAGCUGAACUUUUCACCAAAUCAAAUGUCGAUUGACACAUAAGAUUAAGGAUACAGUGGGGGGAAAAAGUAUUUAGUCAGCCACCAAUUGUGCAAAUUCUCCCACUUAAAAAGAUGAGAGGCCUGUAAUUUUCAUCAUAGGUACACGUCAACUAUGACAGACAAAUUGAGGGAAAAAAAAUCCAGAAAAUCACAUUGUAGGAUUUUUAAUGAAUUUAUUUGCAAAUUUUGGUGGAAAAUAAGUAUUUGGUCACCUACAAACAAGCAAGAUUUCUGGCUCUCACAGACCUGUAACUUCUUCUUUAAGAGGCUCCUCUGUCCUCCACUCGUUACCUGUAUUAAUGGCACCUGUUUUAACUUGUUAUCAGUAUAAAAGACACCUGUCCACAACCUCAAACAGUCACACUCCAAACUCUACUAUGGCCAAGACCAAAGAGCUGUCAAAGGACACCAGAAACAAAAUUGUAGACCUGCACUAGGCUGGGAAGACUGAAUCUGCAAUAGGUAAGCAGCUUGGUUUGAAGAAAUCAACUGUGGGAGCAAUUAUUAGGAAAUGGAAGACAUACAAGACCACUGAUAAUCUCCCUCGAUCUGGGGCUCCACGCAAGAUCUCACCCCGUGGGGUCAAAAUGAUCACAAGAACGGUGAGCAAAAAUCCCAGAACCACACGGGGGGACCUAGUGAAUGACCUGCAGAGAGCUGGGACCAAAGUAACAAAGCCUACCAUCAGUAACACACUACGCCGCCAGGGACUCAAAUCCUGCAGUGCCAGACGUGUCCCCCUGCUUAAGCCAGUACAUGUCCAGGCCCGUCUGAAGUUUGCUAGAGUGCAUUUGGAUGAUCCAGAAGAGGAUUGGGAGAAUGUCAUAUGGUCAGAUGAAACCAAAAUAUAACUUUUUGGUAAAAACUCAACUCGUCGUGUUUGGAGGACAAAGAAUGCUGAGUUGCAUCCAAAGAACACCAUAUCUACUGUGAAGCAUGGGGGUGGAAACAUCAUGCUUUGGGGCUGUUUUUCUGCAAAGGGACCAGGACGACUGAUCCGUGUAAAGGAAAGAAUGAAUGGGGCCAUGUAUCGUGAGAUUUUGAGUGAAAACCUCCUUUCAUCAGCAAGGGCAUUGAAGAUUAAACGUGGCUGGGUCUUUCAGCAUGACAAUGAUCCCAAACACACCGCCCGGGCAACGAAGGAGUGGCUUCGUAAGAAGCAUUUCAAGGUCCUAGAGUAGCCUAGCCAGUCUCCAGAUCUCAACCCCAUAGAAAAUCUUUGGAGGGAGUUGAAAGUCUGUGUUGCCCAGCGACAGCCCCAAAACAUCACUGCUCUAGAGGAGAUCUGCAUGGAGGAAUGGGCCAAAAUACCAGCAACAGUGUGUGAAAACCUUGUGAAGACUUACAGAAAACGUUUGACCUGUGUCAUUGCCAACAUAGGGUAUAUAACAAAGUAUUGAGAAACUUUUGUUAUUGACCAAAUACUUAUUUUCCACCAUAAUUUGCAAAUAAAUUCAUAAAAAAUCCUACAAUGUGAUUUUCUGGAUUUUUUUUCUCAUUUUGUCUGUCAUAGUUGACGUGUACCUAUGAUGAAAAUUACAGGCCUCUCAUCUUUUUAAGUGGGAGAACUUGCACAAUUGGUGGCUGACUAAAUACUUUUUUUCCCCACUGAAUGUGGCCUGUGCAUGAAUCAAUCACCCAAAGGGGAGGAUGUAGAUGAUGAAGAGUACUGGACCCAGCACAAAGCCCUGGGGGACACCCUGGCGUUGUUAGCACCAUUCUCUAACCAACUGCACCAUCUUUCUCAUGUUGAAGUAAAGUUCCUCCUCUAUCCCGGCAGAUUGGUGUCACUGAAACUAGUAAGCCAUUCCAGCAACAAGAAACAAUGGAAGAGCCUAGAUGAACUCAGUCGCGUCUUCAAUAGACACAAGACUGACGUCUAUGGUAAGGUCUGGUCAGUUGGUCUCCAUCUUAAACAAGACAGCAUUAAAAUAGCUCACUGGAAUCAUUAGCAUCUCAUUAUUAUUUUGCACAGUUUCAUUUUACACAUGAUAAUUUUGUAUUUUUCUAGAAUAUGUCGAAAAGAACUGGAAGGAGGAUGAGUUUUUCGGGUACCAGCUUCUGAAUGGCCUCAACCCCAUGAUGAUCCAUCGCUGCUCCAAGCUUCCAGAGAACUUCCCCGUCACAGAAGACAUGGUGAAAACUUCCCUCUUCGGAAAAAGCCUUGAGGAGGAAAUUCAGGUUUGUCAAAAUGGAGUAAUGUAUGUCAUUCAUCGUUCUGUUAUUGCUCUAGUGGUUUCUUCCUCAGGAAAUGUUGUGUAGUACAGUACAUUGUGUCAGUACACUUCCUUUGGCAUGGUGUUGAUGUUGGAUCCCUAACUCAUUAAUGUCCUAACCUAAACAGAAAGGCAACAUCUUCCUGGUUGAUUACAAGCGCCUACAUGGAGUGACAGCAAAUGUGAUCCACGGGAAACAGCAGUUCUUGGCUGCCCCGCUCUGCUUGCUCUAUAUAACCCCAGAAGAGAAGCUCAUACCCAUCGCAAUCCAGGUACAUCUCACAUAAGAAUGACAUCUUUACAUCCGAAACCCAAAUUAAAUCAUCUUAACAGAAUGUUUGCCACUGGAGGUGCUCUUGAACCAAAAGGGGUCCCAUAAAAUGGACAGAAAUAUUGCCCAGAAGUUACCUAAUUGACCAGAAAGCAAAAAGCAUGAGCAAAAGCAAAAGCAAAAGCAUAUACUGUUAACCUAAAACAAAGGAUUUUGGGGUUUCAUGAUUAAUGUUAUAUCCUAUGUCCUUAAGAACCAUACAGGUAACACUCGUUUUAAGCAAACAACUAUUAAAACUUCCGUAUGUCUUUAAAUUGUGGCAAUAUAACCAUUCUCAAUUAAUGAAGCAAGCCAUGAUUGUUCCAUUUCCUUUCACAGCUGAAGCAGGAGCCUGGAGCUAACAACCCUAUCUUCCUUCCUACUGACUCUGAGUAUGACUGGCUACUGGCCAAGAUUUUUGUGAGGAACGCCGACUUCGCUGAACACGAGCUGAACUUUCACCUGCUGAGGACUCACCUGCUGGCUGAGGUGUUUGCUGUGUCGACACUGCGCAACCUACCAAUGGUGCAUCCCAUCUACAAGGUACAUACCUGCUGCUGUGCGUGCAGACACUGAGUUUGUUUUCAACUGUUAUAAUGCUGCUAUUAUGUGAGUUCUCAUUUUCCUAUUAACUCAAUAAUUUUAACAUGAUUAAGAGAAACCUGAAGUAUUUGGAAAUAAAUGUAUUGUAUGUAUUUUUUUGUAAUUGAAUGAAGCAGUAGCUUGUUUGUAGUACAGUACAUAGCAUUUUUAGGUGUGAAUUUCAUGUACGAUCGUUCCAUCUUUCUCCAUAGCUCCUGAUCUCUCACUUCCGCUACACUCUACAGAUCAACACUCUGGCUAGACAGGCCCUCAUAUCAGAGAAUGGGGUGAUCACAAAGGUAGUGGCUAUUCCAUUCUUAUGGUGUUAUGUUCUAUAAUAUGCUAAUAUGUAUGCAAUAUCACAAUGCUAGUGGAAACUGUAAUUCAAAAGCAUAUGAAGGCUCUGUGUUAAAAAAAGAAGCACCCUGCUUUCCGCAUGCUGAUACAAUCAAUUUCCACUAGCAUUGCUACAUUCUCCAAAAAUGAUUAUUCUAGACGUUCCUAAAUGACCAGCUAACUUAUUUAAAAACUGUUCGGAUGAAACAACACUAGGUAAAUCUAAAAUAAGGCCUUCUAAACACUAUACGAUUAUACAAUCUUAACUUUUGUUACGUUCCCCAGCAAGAAAACCAAAAAUGUUGCUCAACCAGAAGGGGGAACUAACAGGGUCACUGACCAACAACCAAAACAGGUGGGGCUUUAGGAGGGGUUCUGAAAGAAACUCAUGGGGGUGUCCACUGAAAGUUGACUAGCAACAACAACUGGAACCUAAAAGACACCCACCAUGAGCACCCACAAAAUGUACCCAAGAAGAGGCAAACACAAAAAAAAACAUCAAAUUUACAGACAGGACACAAAUAGGGAGCACCAACAAAAGGUGUUGACCCUCCACAUCUCUCAAGACAACUGGAGCACAGGGCCAGCCGCUCUUAAAUAGCACCUGGGCCAGCACCGGUGAAACACCUUCCCACUAACAAGAUGGCAACCAGCACAGGUGUAACACGUACUGUCUAACGAGGUGACACCAAUCGGUGCGCCCUACAUGCUAACGAGCUAUACUGUAUGUGCUAUAGUCCAACCUCAAAACAUAAAAUGGAAAAACCAAAGCCUGUAACACAUUUGACACUGAGCUGGUUAUCGUUAUGAGACGUACACCUAGCGACACAUACCGCGGUAGGGUAAAUCAAUCAUUAGGCUGAACUGUCAGGCACUGUUGUGAUACAUCUCUGCGAACCUCUCAGCGGUAAAACUUGAAUUAAUAAACGGGUGGGUUGUUUAGCAACAAAACCGAUGCGUGCGCAACUUGAGGGCAAAAUCACUGUCAACGCCAAAGGAUUAUUGACAACUUGAACUAUAUUUAGUCUACAAAUGUUUAUUGAAAACAUAAAUAUAUUUGCACAUAAAGCACUUGUCUCUCAAAUAUAUUGUUAGUUGUUGGUCAGCCCAGUUAGAGAAUUGUAGCCAUAUUAGCAUAGAUGUGACAUUGCUAGUUAUCUGACCGUUCAGAAUCAUAACACAGCCAUCUGCCCCAUCGAUGUGUGUGCAUCAUUUUUGUUAUGUCAGGCAACCUGUCUUUUUCGCUUAAACCACAGAGCUGCCCUGGCGUCUGCCAUUCACAAGUUCUGUCAUCGAUAAUCCUGUUUGAUAUUUAAAAACACUGAUCAUCGUUAGAACGCACUGCAUGGCUUAUUAUAUGACACAAGGGGAGAAGUGAUAGGUUGUUCUCGCUGGUUACAUAAACCAUGUUUCCAUCCAACCAUUUUAUGCAGAUGAAUUACCCAACAGGCUUGAUGGAAACAGCAUAUUUUGGGGGAAAAAACUCAAUACUGUCAAAAACUAAAUACUUUAGACAAGGAUGGAUAUUAUUUUAUCGGUGAAAUAGAUUAUGCCACGAUAAAAAGGGUGAACUAUCCCUUUAACCCAUCUUGAAGAAUGCAAGUAUUGGAGGUCCAGGGAUGAUGGAGUUCCUGAAGAAAGCGGUGGCCUCAUUGACCUACAGCUCCCUCUGUAUGCCGGAGGACAUCACAGCACGCGGUCUGGAGUCAAUCCCCAACUUCUUCUACAGGGAAGAUGGACUCAAGAUGUGGGACAUUGUUCACAGGUAGUUUGUGUACAGGUCUAUAGAGUUUUGUGGUAAUAAAAAAAUGCCCAGAUCUGUCAAAUAAAUAUCGUAAACUUCAUUAUAAUUUGAUUUGUGCGUUAUAAGGAGGCUAGUUCAUGCAACUACAUUUUUGCAUUGCUCGAUUUACUAAACUCUAGUUAACUCUAGUCUACUCCUUCCCCCAAAGUAAAUCAGCUGCCAGAUUAUAAUGAGGUUUACUGUGUUUUUUGCACUGACAAUGUUGCCCAUAAUAUCAGUGCUGGGUCGUUCCAUGAAAUGAGUGCCUUUUGUGUCCCUUUGAUAUUUUAAAAGCCUGUUAUACUAAAGCUAUAUUAAAUAGACCUCAUGGAAAAUUCAAUACAUUUUUUAAUAUGAAUAAAGUCUUGCUAAAGUGCAGAAAUUCAGCAUUUUGACAUGUCCCUCUGUGCAUUCUCUGUGACUUCUAGGAAGAUGUUAACCCACUUAACCUCAAAAUGUCUCCAAGUUUUCACCAUUUUAAAGCUUUAAUUAUUUUGUUGCUUUGACAAAGUAAUUUCUGAAGAUUAUUAUAUAUUUCACAUGAUUAGUGAUUCAUUUUAAGGUAAAAAUAAAACCUGUUCCUCAUUUUAAGGUCAAUCGUGUUAGGUGAACUGAACUCGCUUUUUAAAAUGGUGAAACUAUUCCUUUUUUUUUAAAAUAUUUUUUUCAUAAAGAAACAUUGAACAUCUAGUCAAAUCGUAGUGUAAAAGCAGGUGUGCGGGCCGAGCAUAACACAUCAACCCAGUUACCCAUAGAUAGGCUAGAAAUGUUUUCACAAUGAAGCUUACAUUCAAUUGCCCCUCCAUGUUGCACACAACAAGCUUCCAUUCCCCCUGUCACCUCGAGAUUUAUGGCUGAUUUAAGAUAAAAUCGUCAAAACACUUACGGUCAACCCUGUUACUUUGUUAGUCACUUAAUAGCCACUUACUAUAGUAUUUUUUUAUUUAAUAACCUCUUGAUGAUAAAAAAAAAUAUGAAGUUUAACGUGCUCUUUAUGACAGAAUGUAAAAAUGUUGUUAAAUACAUUUUUUUUAAAUCACCAAGUUACACUACUCAUAAGGCACCUAACUGGUGGAACGGCCCUGCUGUGUUUUGUCAUAGUGUUUGGCUAAUACCUGAUGUUGUCCUGUGGUUUUGUAUAGGUUUGUUCAGAGAGUGAUUGGUCACUACUACACCUGUGACGCAGACGUCCAGAAGGACUGUGAACUGCAGAACUGGAUCAAGGAUAUCUUCUUCCAUGGGUUCCUGGCCGAAACCAGCACAGGUUGCACUUUUCUCAUUUAAAAAGACACACUACCACUUUCUCAACUCUUAAUCAUAAUACCACAUCAGUGCAAUACAAAAGUACAGAUCUGAUUUGUUGAUUUAAUAUUUCUGAUAAUAAACGUAAUAUCCGGAAAAUCCCAAGUGAUUCCAUACAGUAUCUAGGUUUGCAACCAAUUGGCAUCAGAUUUUCAUGUGAAUAUUCUAAAAUCCCCACUUAUUUUUUUCUUCUCACAUUUUCCCACCAGUGACGUUUCCACCAAAUGGACUUGUUGCGGAUUUUAAAAAGAAUCAGUGCAUGAUGACAAAAUUAACUUUUUCGCUUAAGUUUUCAUAAAAAAUAAAAAAUCUAAAGUUCAAUGUGUUUCCAUCACAUUUUUAACUAUCGAUAGUUUUCACAAAAACUGUUGCGUUAAAUAGCAAAUGUGCCUACUCUGGUCUUGACAUGUAAGCUCUAGCCAACAGCUGGCAGAUACAGUGCGGGUAGUCGCAGUUGUAAAUGAGAACUUGUUCUCAACUGGCUUACCUGGUUAAAUAAAGGUGAAAUAAAAACAAUUUAAAAAAAAUGAGAAUAUUAUGGAUAAGAGCGAGAAUAUUUGUAUUUGUCAAACGGCAGUCAAGCAUCUAUCAUCAUGUCACCAGAAUAAACCCCUCAAUAUUUAUCCUGUUUCCGUUACAGCUGUCUUUAUUAUUGUUUUAUACGGUAUGACUUACAUAAAAACUGUGGAUGGAAACAUGGUUACAGAAACUAAUGUAGUUUGAUGGUUCUUUCAAUGGUGGAUGGAUGACUCUCUUUGUGGAUACAAACGGGAUGGAGACUGAUUACUCUUUUGUAGAUUUAAUCUUCAACUGAACACUGUUACAAGCAUGCAUGAACUGCCAUUCUUCCUGUUCUCUUCCAACAAUUAGCAAACAUCUGACCAAUCAGAAUAGCACAAAGUAGUUGUGAGGUAGAUAAUCCAUUACCAUUCCAAUUCCAAACAACUGAUUCACCACAUUUUAGAACUAACAACAGUGGCUUUGAAAAUAAUAAUAACUCUCAUACAAUAAUCUUACAUUUCUUCCUGCCUCCCCCUAGAGAAACGUCCCCGUUUCUACACUCAAUAAGAAAAAAAUACUGCUGGAGGUCCAAAGAUCUGUAGUCUUCUCACUUCAGUACAUAGACUACCCUGUCACUUAAGAGACUAACUCGGUGGCGACCUGGGCGCUCAGAGGAACUUUGCUCCAGUACUGCUGGUUGGGGUGUAGACAUCUGGUCUACUGAGGGGUCAGGUCGGUCAAUGUCUAAUGGCCUGGGCCGGGCAGAGGGGUCCUGACAAGGGGCCUGAUGAGGGGCCUGGUGGGGCACAGAGGGAUCCAGGGACAGCUCAGGUAAGUAGCGCUCCCAUGUCUCACAGGGUCUUGAGGACCUGAAGGGUAAGGCACCUGGGCUGUCAGGGUCAGAGGUCAAGGAGGUGCAGGUAAGUGUUCCACAGGCUCAUUCGUUCCAUGUCAGGGUACAGUUGAGGUGUACGGUCUUAAACGGUUUUAGUGGAUCACUUGGGUCUUGUUAGAUUGGUCCAGCAGGUACCUGAUCCUGUAGGUUACACCAGGGUCCUCUUCUGUAGAUCCAAGGCACUCCAUUACCUCAAAGGGUCCUUUCCAGUGUUGUGAAAGCUUCUGAUGUGAUGUUGUAGGGUCUUUAAGGCACACAAUGUCUCCUGGGUUGUAGGGAAUGUGCAUGACAUUCUUGUCGUAGUUGCGUUUUUGUUGAAAGUGAGCAUGUUCUUUGUUCUGUGUGGCAGAUCCAAGGGCAGACUGGACCUUGUCGAUGAGUUGAGCUGCAUAAUCUGCUGGCGAUCCCGCUGUAGAGACGGACCGCUGCGGUCCAGCGGGGAACAGUAGUUUGGCUGGCAUCUUCGCUUCUUAACCAUGUGUCAGACAGAAGACGCUGAAACCCAUUGUAGAGUGAGUGCUGGUGUUGUAGGCCAGGGCAAGUUGGUUUAAGCACUUGUCACCAGGCUGUUGAGGCAGUGUCUUGGCCAGCUGAUCGAUGAGUGUCCGAUUUGAAAUUGUUCCACCAUCCCAUCACAUUGUGGAUGAUAGGGGCUGGUUCUGGUCUUCUUAACUCCCAGCAACUGGCAAAGGUCUCGGACGAUGUCGGACUCAAACUGAUGUCCUUGGUCAGUGUUCAAGGUCUCUGGUAUGCCAUGUUUGCUGACAAAGUUCUUGAAGAGACACUUGUCCACAAUUGUAGAGUGCUGGUCUUUCAUGGCGUAGAGGUUGAUGUACUUUGAAAAGUAAUCCUGCACCACAAGCACAUAAAGUGCCUUCAGAAAGAAAGUAUUCGUACCCCUUGGCUUAUUCCACGUUGUUGCGUUACAGCUGGAAUUCAAAAUGGAUUAAAUAUAAUUAUUUUCUCACCCAUCUACACACAAUACCAAUAAUGACAAAGUGAAAACAUGUUUUCAAUUUUUUUUGCAAUUUUAUUGAAAAUGAAAUACAGAAUACAUUAAAGUCAAAACUGUAACUCAGCCACUUAGGAACAUUCAGAGACUGUAUAUUCUUCAAACAACUUAUUUUAUUAUAAGAAUUGCAAUUCUGGAGCGGUCAACAAUCACACAACAGGUGCAUAGUUAAGAGCCCAAUGAAAAAGAGUUGGGUCUCAGCUUUUAUUAGAAGAGUACAACCUCCCUUUGGGUUGUGACAACCAGACAGAACUAUAGCCAUGAGGAAGCACUGGUUGGUGACCCUAAUGUACAGUCAAAGGACUAUGGAACUGAGAAACUGUGGUUGGCCUGUGGUGAGGUCUUGUCUCGACACUGUUUCUAAAAAGGAACCGAAACCAUUUGUCUUGCUCGUCUCUCACAGCUUAGUUCAGUCUACUGCUGAAUAACAGGAUAUGGAAUAACAGCAUUUGGCUGUAAGUCCAGAACCAUGAGUCCGUCACGUAGACAAAUGGGAAGUGUUCUGGCAGAGGGAACAAGUCUCAUUAGUACAUUGUGACUUUAAGUUAAAUGAAUAGAUACACUAGAUAAACAUUAUAAAAGCAAUUUUUGCCACCAUAUUGCUUAAUGGGGAGAACCGGUUUAAAGUUUCUGUCGGCUGAAUGAGCGACACCAGUUGAGCAUGCCGACAGCAUUUCUUUCCAGAAGCCUUGAGAAGAUUGUCUGGCUGCGUGAUAUUAUGUUUUUAUGGUGUAAUGAUGUCAUGUCAUAGUAUCGUGGGGAACAGGUUAGAGUUACUAGAUAAGUGGUUAGGAGACAGAAAGUCUACAUUCCAUUAUGUCAAAGGAGAUUACUGAUGUUUAGGGUAAUAACAACAGAGAAAGGGAGUGCUAUGAUGGCUGCCAGAUGUAUGUGAAAGGGAGUAUAACCAAGAGUAUAAAGGAGGUUAGAUUUGUAUGUGUGGGCAGUUCAACUGACGAAGGGCAAAGCCAUGUCCGUUUGUUAGAUGAACCCACGAGCUCGUGAUCCAAUAACUACUUGGUAUAAAAUCUCCACAGAAUGUCUAAGUAAAUUCUUGCAUCUUGAACUUCUCAAUACCAGAAACUCAUAACACUGCGGGUACUGUGCGGGGGGAUUUAUAUUACUAUCUGUACUUACUGGUGGCACAGAUGCUAUUUCAUCAUUUCCUACACUUAAAUUGCCCUUGCCUAACGAUUGCAUCUGAAGCUGGGCUUGCAACAGGACUAUCCUCACCAUAAGGCGAUAGUGCUCCUGUAUAUUAUGAGUACAGCGACUGCAAUUAGAUGGCAUAGUGUUAAUGUUACUACUUACCUUUUUCGGCUGGUGGAGGUCCUGUAGAACCAUGUCCAGAUAAAGCGUCCGGGGUGAAAAAGUUGAGCAGGGGGGGGGGGACUGUAGCAACAGUAGCAACAAGCAGCACAAAGACAAGUCAUCUAUAUUCACAGGGAGUGCAGCGAUAUCCAGUAGGGCAUGGUGUUGCUGCAGGAAAUCCCAGCCCAGUAUCACUGGAUGGUGGGCCCCUCUGACAACUUGAAACUCAUGCUUGAGGUAUUCUUUCCCUAGGGGAAAUGCCUAUUGACAAAGUCCAGGGAACGUCCAAACAUUGUCCAUUGACAGAGCGAGCGAACGCAAAGGAUGUCUUCUUGGGGCACUUUUUCAGCGCUGGAUGUGAAGUUCUGAAAUCCUCAGAUGGCAAGAAUGUUAGCUGAAACGCGCUCUGCGGAAGCCAUCUUGUCACUUUCGAUUUUGAAUUGUGGGGUGUCAACAGGGAGCUCUAGUGCACUGGCUGAAGUUUGCUCCUUAACGACAACUAGUGAUCGUUUCCCUGCUGUGUGGAACCAGACACGUUAGGCUGCCUAUGUCUGUCAGGGGACUGGAAGUAUACACUGCGCCUGUAGUGAGGGCUUACCUAUCCUUCUCUCCUUGGAGGUGGACUCAGGCUGUUGUGUCAUCUGUCCCUUGCAUCAGACUGGUGCCUGUAGUCUGGGUAGUGAACUCUUGGUGGGUAGUCUAGAGAGUAGUAGCGACAGCUUCCACCAUCAGAGUCCCAAUCACGCUGGCCUUGGCAGUACUCUGGAGAGGCAGGAAGGUACUGACGGUGACACUCUAGGCCACGGCCACGUCGUAGGCUCAUGAUGGAUGUUGAGUUUGAUGGUCUGGUGAGAAGCCAAGUGCUCUACUGGCAGCAUCAUUGGAUGGGGUGCAGGUCCUGUCGGCCCAGAAGGCUAAACGCUGUGUGAGGUUCUGGUUUUCCUCCUGUAGCUGGCGUACCUCAUUCUUCAGGCCAUUCACAGUGAGAGUCAGCUGUUUCACAGCAUGAAUGAGCUUCUCAUCCGUGUCAUUAGAAGGAACCAUUGCAACCUAGUCUGGGGUCUGUGCCACUGGCGGGUAUGUAGCAUGUAGUUGGAGAGCUGCACAUGCUCUUUCAAAGCAACUUGCGACUAGCAGUGCAUCACCGAUGUCCUCCGCUCCAUUUUCAUGAAUCUUCGCCUGCAAGGCAGGGUCCAAUCCAGCCGCGAAUUGGUGAAACUUCUCCCCCUCCUGUGCCUUAUGGUCAUAGUCUGGGAAGGCCUCUAGAACCAACGAGUGAUGUCAUCACUGUACACAUUCAAGCUCUCACCAGGCUUCCCAGGGCGAGCAUUCGCAUUUGUCUGAAAGAAUGGAAGACAGUGCUUGGGGCCAAAGACUUCCUUGAGUUUGGUCUUGACAACAGAGUAGGUCUUCUGAACCAUUGGCGAAAGGCUAUCCCAGUAGAAGAAUGCUGAAUCAGCUAGGUGUGUGGGCAAUACUGAGGCUAACACAUGUCCAACUCCAUAUCUGGCAGAUUGUACAUAGCCUGCACAGCCACUUCAAAGCGACGAGACCAGCAGGCAAACGACAUUACAUUUUGAAUGCUUAGCAGGACAGGAAAAUUGUGAAAUUCACGCACGUAUCAAGAGAACAUGUGGUCAUCCCUACUGCCUAUGGUCUGGCGGACCAACUAAACACAAAUGCAUCUUUUGUAAAUAAUGUCUGAGUGUUGGAGUGUGCCCCUAGCCAUCUGUACAUUUUUAAAAACAAGAAAAUGGUGCCAUCUGCUUUACUUAGUAUAUUUUAGCAAUUCCAUUUACUUUUGAUACUUAAGUAUAUUUAAAACCAAAUACUUUUAGACUUUUUUACUGGGUGACUUUCACUUUUACUUGAGUAACUUUCUAUUAAGGCAUCUAUACUUUUACUUAAGUAUGACAAUUGGGUACUUUUUCCACCACUGAUUGUCCAAAUGUCCAGCUUGAUUAGAAUUGUCCAAAAGUCCAGCUUAUUUAGCAUUAGCCAGAGGUUCAGGGCCAUUGUUGUUCAGAGAUUCUGUUUCAGACACGUUGUUCCAAGAAAGUAGCAACAGGUUGGCAAAAAGGCUUAAACAUUUUUGCAAAAGUGACAAAAACUGCAGUAAUCCUCUAAAUAUCUCAGAAAAAAGAUAGUAGCUAGCUCUUACCAGCUGUCCAGAUUAGUCCUUUAUCCUAGUGCUAGCUGGUGACGGUAUCCACAAUGUCCAUGGAAAAAUAACCAGCAAAAACACAAAACUGUCAAGACAAUAGCACCGCUGCUGACACUAAUGUAGUUUCAGGGUUCUUCCAAUGGUGGAUGGAUGAGUCUGUGGAUACAAACUGGAUGGAGACGAUUACUCUUUUGUAGAUUUAAUCAUCAACUGAACAUGGUUACAGCCACACAUCAACUGCUGCACUUCCUGUUUACUUCCAACAAUUAACAAACAUCUGACCAAUCAGAAUAGAGCAAAGUAGUUGCUAGGUAGAUAAUCAAUUAACGUUCCACAAAAAAUGGCUUAUUCGGCCGUAUGCUUUCAAUAAAACAAAGCAUUUGUCCACAAUUCACAGAUUUCUGAUUGACUCAUUCACUGACAACGAAGCAAAGUGAGCAGUGUACAAUGAUACAUAAUGCAUCAUGUGACCUGUUUUUGCAGCUGUCUGUGUUCGGCACUACAGGGAGAGAGAGGGGGAGAUUGCAAACUCCUACAAACUAGUUUCAAUGUAUCGAAUCACUUGGGAAUUUCUGGAUUUUAGGUCAACUUCCCUUUCAUGGUUAACAUUCCCAAACUAUAUCCCGGAUAAUUUGCAAAAUGUCAAUACAGUGUCUGAAUGAAAUGGUUUAUUGUACCUUCUCCAUGCAGGAAUCCCUCAGUCUUUCAGUUCAGUGACAGAGCUGGUCAAGUUUAACACCAUGGUGAUUUUCACAGUGUCUGUCCAACAUGCUGCAGUCAACAAUGGGCAGGUAAUGAAACCUAUUGUGUGAUUUUAGUUUGAUGUGUUUCUGAUCUAUUAUAUUGGAAAAGCAAAGUGGUUUGAUCUAUUUUGCCAUUGUCAUUCCAGUUUGAUUUUGGCGGCUGGAUGCCCAACUUCCCCAUCUCCCUGCAACAGCCUCCUCCCACCACUAAGGGGCAGUGUACUGAGAGCACCAUGCUGAAGACCUUCCCUGACAUCAACACCACCGUCAAUGGCAUGGCAGUGGUGUACCUUCUGAGCAAGCAGUCCACUGACUAUGUGAGUAUAUGAGAGAAACUGUAUUAAAAACAGUAUAUUCUAUGAUGUUAAAACAUUUAAUGACAAUCCCAAUCAAAUCGUUUCCUUAGUAUUCAUAAUUAAAAUAUCAUCAGUGGUUCAUGAAACAACAGUUUCUAUGUUAUUUCAAAUUUCAUCAACUCUCUUGCCUCCUUAGGUCGCUCUUGGAAAUGGCUAUCAGGAUCACUUCAGCGAAAAGACUCCUCUGGAACUGAUUCAUGAAACUCAAGAUAUGCUGAAGAGAUACAACUUUGAAAUCCAAGGCAGGAAUGUCUCUUUGCCCCUGUCAUACACCUACCUGAAUCCCAACAAUGUGGAGAACAGUGUGGCCCUGUAAAUUGAGUCAGGGGUUCGUAUUUAUUAGGCACCAAAUGGAAGAA